AUGGUGUCCAAAGAGCAACAAGUCAUAAAAGAUCUUGCUGUGCAGAAUGACGAAAAAGAUGAGGGAAGGGAGGCCUCCCAGCAAAGUGAAGAAGAAUCCCACCACUUGGACGAGGUUGAAAACAAGAAGCCUGGAGGAAAUGUCAGAAGGGGGGGAUGAGUCAGGCAACUUGUGCCCAAUUUUCUAUGGGCCAUACCAAACAGACAUGUUAAUCCCAAUGAAGGGGGAGAGGAUGUUGGGAAGUUUGUAGGGCAGGUGAGGGAAAUCAAGAGAAAGACUAAGGAGCAGCAGAUGAGGCCUUAUGGGUGUUUCCAAACACCGGAGCCAGACAAUCACUACGGCUUUUGCCUCAUACCUUAA